AUUCACUCGGAUACGCCCCCGGUACCCGAAGAAAAGCUGUCCAAAAUGACAGCAAUUUCCUCUCAUCAUCCGACUAUUUAGUGAAUGUGUAAAUAUGUGAUGGAUUAAUCAGGAACAUGGCUAUCGUGGACUAUUAUUUUCAAGAUGAUCUAAUGCCUGUAAAGACAUAAAAUUACCAUUGCAAAAGUCGGUGUUGAUAUUUGUGGGUCGCUCUCUUGAUUCUCUCAAUGGGACUCAACACACAAUACGGAUGAAUGAAUGAAAUAAUGAACGCGAUUAUUACCGGCACCACUUUCGAAGCGAAAGCCACAAUGGAACACGGAAGUCGCUAAAGAAUCAUCUUUGAAAUCAUGAACAGUGCAUUUAUGACUCAACCAAAUCCAGAUGAUUCGUUGUUGAAUAAUGGAGAAGAUCAGCAACCAGGACACCGAGGAAAAAAUCAAAAUCUAGAACAUCUAAAUCUUCGAAGUGAGAAGGGGAGUGAUGAGAAAACGUUCGCUGCAGCGGCACUCGAGCGGGACGGCGGUGUGAUAACCGCCGGGAACUGCCCGCUGUCGGCAAGCGAGGAAAUGGGUGUUGUCAACGCAGAGCACCAUAAACCACGGGAUAUUGGGGAGGGAAGGGUAGAAUUAGAUCAUUUAGCAGUGAAUAAUGAACAAGAUGUGUCCUCAAAUGUUGUCAGUGCCAGUGAUGGUAGAACGUGUGAUAUUUUAUCCAAAGAAUUAUUGUCCACAAAAAGGAAAAAUGGCAAUGCAAUAAAUAAUCAUAUUGGAAGUGGAUCAAUUAUGAAUACAGAUUCGGUUGUCGUUGAGUCGAGCUCGAGUAUGAUACCUUCUAACUCCGACGAUCAGAAUAUUUCAUCCUCAAGAUCAAGGACAUUACAGAAUGAAAGUAUUGUCGCAAGAACUACAUGUAGUAGUAGUGGAAAUCAAAGUGUUGCUUCAACAGACCCAGAUCAUGGAACCACAAGCUCCAUGUCUAACCAUAGUAGAGGAAUAGAAACAGAAGUGAUAGUUAACCAACAAAGUAAUGGAGAUGAAGAUGGAGAUUUAAAACAAUCAUGCCCUGGAGGUGAAAGAAAUCAGGAAGUUACAAAUAUGCAAAUAAGCAAUGUUGGAGAAAUGACUCUAACAAACAGUACCCCGCCCCAAGAUGAAGAGUGUGCAGGAAAUAUAUCGGAAUCAAAAAGUGACUUACAAGUUCAUAUAUCUAGGUCUUCAUCUGGUUUGCGCAACUCAAAUGAGACAGUGGAGGAUGAUAAUGAUAGUACUGCUUGUGUGGAGAGUGAAAAAAGCAGCCCCAAACAACGUUCUUUCCCCACACUGGAAUUAGAGGAAAGUACAUCUCCUGCAACCCUUGAUGUCACCAGCUCUGAAGAAUGGGAGGAUGCAAGUUCUGAGCUGACUCCAAGGCCACAUUUCUUCAUGGAGAACCUUACUGAUUUGACUCCAAGUCCAAGCUCACAGCAAGCCUCGCAGUCCUCAUCAUCAUGGUCGAGUCAAAGGACGCUCUCAGUUUCAUCAACUCCGGUUGAGGCCGGAUCCAGUGCCAUCUCAGGGUCAUGCGAAGGUAUCUCUGAAACGGGAAAUGUUGUGUCUGUUAAAGGGCCAGCGAUGGUGUCUGUAGUGCCUGAUGAUAAAAACAAUACACCUACAAGGAGUAGGACUAGUACUGCAACAAGUCUUAGCACUGAUUUCUCAUCCAAUAUCUCCAUAGCAACAGAUGAGCUGAAUGAGGCCAUUGCAGAUGGUCUUGUUCUAGGGGAGGAGGAUGUAGGUUUUGAGGAAGUGAACUUGGAGCAUGGAGAGCCGGGACAUCCUACUGGAGCAUCAGUUGUAGGUUCAGGAGCCAAACCAAAGAAAAGAGGCCUUGGAGGAUUUCUCACUAGGAACAUAUUCCGGAAAUCCCUAGGCAAGUCCUCCCACUCCCCGGGGGUGGAGUCCUCACCCCCUGGCUGGAAGCUCUUCGGGCGUGUCCCUGCCAAGGAGUCCAUGCAGAGGGACCACUUGCAGAUCUCGGAAGACUUUCAGAAGAGGGGUCAGACACACCCUCCUACUAGCUCGCUGACCUGGAAGAAGCGCCAUACCGGUCUCAAAGAGGCGUCCUCCACCACUGCACUCAUCCUCGAGAACCGUCCAGAAAAUCUACCAGCCAAGAAUCCAGAAGAGGAAGAGAAACACAAAGAGGAAUAUACCAAGAUGUUAAAAGAAGCCAAAAAGAAAGAACUGAAGCUGUACAAGCAGAAGCUAAAGAAGAUGGCCCAGCAGCUGAAGUACGAAGAUGGAAUCAAAUCUUCUCUUCAUAUAUGGCAGAAUGAGAUCUUACCGAAGUGGGAUGAAGUUAAGAAGCACAAGAAGACGAGGGAACUGUGGUGGCAGGGGAUUCCCCCGAGUAUUAGAGGGCGUGUCUGGAUGCUGGCCAUCAAGAACGAACUCAAUAUCACUCAUGAAUUAUUUGAAAUCUUCCUUAUCCGUGCCAAAGACAAAAUCAAGAUGUGUAGUGAAUCAGAAUCAGAGGGCAUUGGUCUUGAAGAGAUUCAUGCUGCUAGUCGAGAGAACAGCGUUGAUGUUAUCAAGCUAGAUGUAGCAAGGACAUUCCCGCAUUUAUGUAUAUUUCAGAAGGGAGGUCCUUACUUCGAUCUACUUCAUGGUGUGUUAGGAGCUUAUGCAUGCUACAGACCAGAUGUGGGAUAUGUGCAAGGGAUGUCAUUCAUAGCAGCUGUGUUUCUGCUGUAUCUUGACGUAGCUGACGCUUUCAUUUGCUUCGCCAACCUACUCAACAAGUCUUGCCAGCUAGCUUUCUUUAGGCUUGAUCAACAAGUUAUGCAAUCCUACUUCAAUGCCUUUGAGGAGUAUUUUCAAGACAAUCUCCCUCGUCUCUUUGCUCACUUUGAUGAACUUGGCAUCUCACCAGACCUAUACAUCAUUGACUGGAUGUACACUCUGUACAGUAAGUCGUUACCUCUGGACGUGGCCUGUAGGGUCUGGGAUGUGUUCUUCAGAGAUGGGGAAGAACUGCUCUUCAGAACGGCUUUAGGUAUCCUAUCCCUCUAUGAGGAGGUCCUGCUCAACAUGGACUUCAUCCAGGCUGCACAGUUCCUCACCAACAUCCCUGUCACCAUAGACAGCGACAAGCUCUUCAAGCACAUCGGCAGCAUCGACAUGCACCAGAAGAAGUUUGGCCAGAUCCUCAUGCAGCACUUGUCGUCCAACCUUGCCAAUCAGUCUGGAAGCUAGUGAAAAAGUUGCUGUCGGGACUGUGCAACAGGUCAGGUUCAAUCCCGUGUUUUCAUGUCUGGGACUGGACAGAGUAUAUUUCAAGAAUGCCAGUCUCAGGGUCUCCUAGACCUUGUGAAGAAACUGGCUUCACCCCACUCAUAAUCUACUGUGUAAUUCAGAGAUAGAAACUUGUUAAGUAGUUUCUAUCAAAACUCUGGACAGAUUUGGAAGCUGGCUUCAUUCCCACCCUUAGGCUACAUAGUAUUCCAUAGAUGCUAUUCCUAAUGGCUCUACCAAUCUCCUCGAUAAUGGAGUAUUUCAGAGGCUUCAGUACUCGCUUCAUCAAAAUAUCAGAUGUUCAAGAUCACAGACAUCCAAUAGGUUCUGACUGAACUAUUUGUGGGCAUUUCUAUGGCAGUAGAUUAUGAUGUUUCUAUAUUAUACAGAAAAGAUAAAAAAUUCUACAUUUGUUUCCAGUUGAGCAUUUCAUGAAAAUCGGUCAGUGAUUUUCACUAUUUGUUAUAAGCUACUGAAAUCCUUGCAUCUGAUUGACUCAGAGCAAAUUUGUCAAUGAAAAUCAGAGACAAGAUACAGUCCCCUGUACCUUAAUGCCUCAAUGACCGAAAACUCACAUAGAAUGUAUGAUUUACUCAAAGCUGGCAAUAUUUAGAAAGAAAGGGUUAAGAGCUGUUUCUGAUGCACAGUCAUGUAGGUUUCACUGUUUCAGCAUAUAUAAUUUAGUAAGCAAUACCUCAAUAGAAUACAAUAUAUAUAUAUAGGUCAGUGUAUUUUGUAAAUCCUAAAAUUGUUUACCUGCUAAGAGAUACGACUGGUUUUAAACCAUCAUGCUAAUGCUGUGUACAGCACAGACACAUUUUGCUCUUUUCUAGCUUUCUUGCUUUCUUUUGUCAAUUUGGGGCAGAAUAAAGGUUAAAUAGCGGCAUUCAAUUUAGAUUGGACCAAAAACAGUAAAGCACGUUGAACAAUUUUUCUCAGUUUUGGCAUGAGUGCAAUGAAAUUUCUCUGGGUUCUGUGUCGCAUUCAAUACUUGCACUGCAGGCUUGGUCUGAGAUCAUGUUGAAUUGAUUACUAAAGGCAAAUGACAUGAUUGAAAAAGAAAGAUAUGAAUAAAAAUAUAUUUCAUGAUUCAAAUACUUUGAUUAUUCAAAUGUUUUUUUGCACAUCAAACCCAUUAAUAAAAAUGCUAUGACUAGCAUCACUUGAAAGCAUAUCACUAACUUUUAUGGGAGAGUAGAUUGUAAUUUGCUAACCCCCAAAUUAUGAGAAUGACUGGAAAGAACUGUUAUGAAAUUGGAUCCAUUAUCAGCAUUCUUGGGGGAGAACUGGAAAAAAAAACUAUUAAAGUUGCAUCCACAGAGCACUGCUAGCUGGCUUCCCCUCAGCUUCAUGCCUUUUUGAUCAGGGAAAUUGAGGUUAUCACUGCACCAUGGAUGGAAUAUUUAUUCUGUCUCUUUUCACCCUAAAUGCAUGAUUCUAGGACAUCAUUGAAUUAAUGCCUAUAUAUACUCUGACCUCUAUCAAGCUCUGCAUAGCACACAUUCUUUCUCUCUCUGAAAAAGUUUGUUUAUUCUGUUUCAUGAUACUUUCAUGAGUAUUUUGCUACCAAUGAUGACCUGAAAUGGUAAGAUUUAUGUGACAAAUUUGUUUAGAUUAUAGACUGAUUUGUAUAAGAGAAAAGUGUAAAAAUAUAUUUCAUUGAUAUAUUAUUACAAAGGCAUACCGGUGUUUCCAAAUUCAUGACUCUUUUAGUGGGAUUCCUGAGAUAUAGAAUCUCUGAUGCAUAGGCCUCUAACUUGAACUUGCCUUAAUACAAGAAAAUAAUAGUUUGACAAUUAGCUAAUAUUAGAGUAAAAUAUACUUACUAUAUAUUCCUCAAUUAAUUAGUAUAAGUAACUGACAAUUGAAAAGAUAUUUAAAUAGCUUACUUUUAAAAGGUUUAGUACAUGAAACGGCUACAAAAUGACUGCAGAUCAGAGAAUUUGUCCAUUUUGCAGUUUUACUCACUGUUUAUGAAAUUAAUUUUAAAAAGUUUAUAAGUAAUUAUAAGGAAUAUGAUUGAUUAUGCUCUGUUUAUUUUUAGAACAAAUAUUUGUCAUCCCUAUUUGAAUAUGAAAGUCUGAUUUAUGUAUUUUCAUUAUUGUGAAUCUUGGAUUGUGAAAGUUAUGUAUCCCUUACGGAAGAUGUUGAUCAUCAUACUAGUAGAGAAUCGCUAUAGAAGUUGAUCUGUUGUCUCUCUCAGUUUGCCACCUCGUGGGACAACAGAUCAACUCAAGUAUCCCUUGAUUGCAUAUCAGAAUAAUUUGUCAUUGAAAAAAUCUAAGCCCAAUAAGGUUGUAGUGUUAAGGUGGUAGGCAUUGAAUGUGUUCUCAUGGUAUCAUUUCAAUAUUAAAGUAUUCCUGCAUUAAAUGAUUGAAAAUUACCCUUUAACCACCAUAAGAUGGCACUAUUUUGUUCUUUUCAUGUUUUCCUUUAUGUCCCAAUCCCCUUGGAAUGAUAGUAUUUUCAUAGAUUUCAAAAUACAAGUGUACCAUGAAGGUUUUUAUCUUUUAUUGCCCAUGAUUAAAGUCCUCCAAAUAUAUUCUGCCAUACUUUGGCAAAAGGAAGCGAGUUACAAAAAUAAUUUCUUGUAAAUGAGCAAUGUAGGUGUCAAUGCAAUUGAACAGCAUAUUUUCUUCAAUAUCUUUCCGCAGAAUGAUAAUUUCUUCUCCAAAUUUUGCCUGAACAUGCAACAUACUAAGGGUGUUUCAGAAACAACAUUACCUCAGAUUUGACUAUUUGACUGAUGUUUCACUUGCUUCCUUUUGCCAAAGUUCGGCAUUUUUUAAUUUUUCAUGUUUAUUUAAUGGACUUAAUACUUUUAUGGACUGUCGACUAUGAAUGCUAUGUUGUAUUGUACAAAGCAUGAGUCAAAUGUUUAAUGUUCGUACUCAAUGUAUGCUAUUAUUUUCUAUAUUCUGGUUAUUCUACAACUCUUUAUAUUCAUUUUUCAUUUUGGUUAUCUUUAUGUCAUUCCUUCGUUGUAUAUUUAAUGGAUGGUUAUAUACAUAAACUGUAUUUUGGAUUUUAAAAUAUGCAUGUCCGAAAAGUAGCUUGGGUGCAAGCCCUGCUCCACGAUCUGAUGCGCAGACUCCGGGCUCAAGGCCUGGUAAUGCCUAUUGGAAAGUUGUGUUAUAGGUUUAGUCCCAGAUGUGAAUAAUAAUUUCUAAUAGCAAAUUGCCAUUUGGUCUACACCUGCUUGGUCUACUUUCCAUUUUGUCUAAUCCAACAUGGUCUCAUCAUAAUCCGACCAUUGGUCUAAUUUGCCAAUAAGCCCAUUUACCGUUCUGUCGAAUUUCCAGUUAGUCUGUAACCUUUUGUAUUAUUUGCAAUUUAUUUGUUAUCAAUUGCAAGUAAGUUUUUUAUAAUGCCUCCCCAGAGUUAUCAUAUUAUAUGCAACUUUAUUUUUCCCCAAUAUUACUUUUCCUUUACCCCAGUAGUCAACCAAAAAAAGAAAUAAAUAAAACAAAAAAAUAUAUAAAGAUAGAUAUAACUAUGUAUAUUGAGCCGAUAUUGUGUAUGUUAACAAUAUGAAAUGUAAUUUUGAUAUUUUGUGAGAAAGUGAUCUUUUUAAAGUGAUAUUUGUAGAUGUGCUGCCAACGAGAUAAGGAUAAAUGGUUGAGAGUUCUCGACAACGAAGUGAAAAACUAAAUCAAGUAUUUUCUUUUCCUCACACUUUUUUAAGGAUUUGUGGUAGCAUGAUAUUUACUAUGGAUGCAAUAACGUGUAAACUGUUUAUACUCUUUGCAUAUAAUGUACUUGUAUCUAUAUAUAUGUAAAUGAUGGAGAUUAAUACAAGUGACAUAUAUAAGAUGUGAUUUAAUA